AUGAGUGCAGCUUUCCAGCCGUCGCUCAUGAUGAUGCCGCGCCCUUUGGGAAGCAGCACUGCCUUCAGCAUAGACUCGCUCAUUGGCAGCCCGCCCCAGCCCAGCCCGGGCCACUUCGUCUACACGGGCUAUCCCAUGUUCAUGCCCUACAGGCCGGUGGUGCUGCCGCCGCCGCCGCCACCUCCGCCGCCGCCGCCGCCCGCCUUGCCCCAGCCGGCGCUGCCGCCCUCCCACCCUCACCACCACCAGAUCCCCAGCCUGCCCACCAGCUUCUGCUCUAGCCUGGCGCAGGGCAUGGCGCUCACCUCCACCCUCAUGGCCACCCUACCGGGGACCUUCUCGGCCUCCGCGCAGCACCAGGAGGCGGCCAGAAAGUUUGCCCCGCAGCCUCUCCAGGGCAGCUUCGACAAGGCGGACAGCAUCCAGUCAGAGGCCGAAGACGGCAAGGCAUUCCUGGCCAAGGAGAGCUCGCUGCUGGCCUUCUCUGCCUCUGAGACGGUGCAGGCGUCCCUCGGGGCCGUUCGAGGACUGCCGGGCAAAGAGGACGCCAAAGCGGAAGACGAGGCAAAAAGCAAAGAAGAAAGCUUCUCGAUGGACAGCGACCUCGACUACAGCUCCGAUGACAAUCUGCCGGGCCAACCGGCUCACAAAGAGGAUGACUCAAGCAAUGGACUGGAGGAGAGCAGUCAGAGCUCGGCCAACCCCAACAGCACCACCUCAACAGGGAAGAACAGGCGGCGGCGAACGGCCUUCACCAGCGAGCAGCUGCUGGAGCUGGAGAAGGAGUUCCACUGCAAGAAAUACCUUUCUCUCACCGAGCGCUCCCAGAUCGCGCAUGCCCUCAAACUCAGCGAAGUGCAGGUCAAAAUCUGGUUCCAGAACCGGCGAGCCAAAUGGAAACGAGUGAAAGCAGGCAACGCCAACUCCAAGACCGGGGAGCCCUCCCGCAACCCCAAGAUCGUGGUGCCCAUCCCCGUUCAUGUCAGCAGGUUCGCCAUCAGGAGUCAACAUCAGCAACUGGAACAGGCCAGGCCCUGAGCAUUGUGGCAGACAAUCCGCUUUCUGGCCACUGCACCCUGCACAAAAGUUUGGAUCAACAAAAAGGAAGGUCUGCCACCUGCCCCAGCAAAUCAGGGUCUGUGUGCCAUCUCUGUCUCCCUGCCAUUCUCAAAGUGGUGCCGAACUUCCAUAGCAGAGCAAAGCCAGAAUGUGUUCGUAAACCCUCAGUCAGGGUUUAUGUUUCAGAGCGGGAAUGCCAACAGCCUGGAAGAGACUAUUUACAUAUUUAUUAGACUGCCCAAACUUUGUAUAUAAAGCGCUGGAUCUCAGCCGCAGCAUUUUGACUGUGACAGGACCAAAUGAGCAGUGACCUGACGUCUUACAUUCCAGAAGUACAUCUAAGAACCAAGAACUGCAGCACAUUUCAAUCGCCUCCCCCAAGUCUGCUGUUCCAUUUUUUCGGGUUGCUUUUUGACAAUUUCUUUUGAGGG